GCAUUUCGACUGACAAUGAAUCACUCCAAUCAAUCCCCCUCCAAACGCGGUUUACAGUAAUCAUACUCCACAACCUCCCAAUUACUUCGAAAGCAAUCCAUCCAUUUUAUAAGCUGUCAUAGUUGACGUUCAUCACCCGCACUAGUCCUUUUCUCCUCCAUAACGAAACUAAAAAAAUGGCAUAUCGAGCAGAGGAAAAGCUUGUCGCCUCUGUCAUAGACGUUGCCGCCGUUGUGGAACCUGAAAUGGUAUCUCGGCCGAAGUCCAAGUUCGGCUCGUUAGCCACAGACGAAGCUUCCGAGGUUAAGACAGAUGUGGAGCCUGAAAUGGCAUAUCAAGCCGAGUACAAGUUUUCCGCCACCACCACCACAAACGACGCCUCCGAGAAUAAAGACGAUCUGGUUCCAGAAGAGGCUGUUUGCGAGGCUGAGGACGAAUCUACGUCUGUCCACAUCGUGCAUUUGAUCAGGCCGGAGGAUGAAGAGCCUGAGGCUUUCGAUAUCAAGACGCUUGCUUCAGUCAUCGGCAGCGAGGAGGCGGCGAAGGAUGCGGUAGUCUAUCACUAUAUUUACGCGGCAAGUGGCUUCUCUGCUAGGCUGACUCCCAAGCAAGUCGCCCUUCUCUCUGAGAAACCUGAAAUUAUCUCGGUGACGCCAGACAAGAUAUGCCAACUCAUUCGCUGAACUUGAUUUCUUGACACAUGAAGGUUACAUUUAUAUUAUCCAUCUAUGUUUUUGGUUCAAUGAAUGUGUAAUAAUAUUGUACACAUAGUUGAGCUUUUAUCUUAUAUUCAGUUACACAAGUAUUUAGUGAACAAUUGAUAUGUUAUA